AUGCCAUGUAUACCUGCGUUAAUCGUGUUACAAAAGAGCUCUCACAACAGCUUCAUUUACAACAAGAAAAACAGUCCAGAGAUUACGCAUCAAGCUCCAAGCGGAACUUGCAAAGGCCUUACAUUAAACCAGACGACAAAAAGAAGAACACGAGCUGGAAUCUACAAAAAAAAAACAAUGAUGGGAGUCCGUAAAAGACCUCUUAUUGCUCUGUUGGCAGUUUUGUCCCUGUCAAGCUAUCCACUGGUGCUAUCACAAAAUAUGGAGACCAGGGAAAGUACCGCAGACGUUGGGGCUGUAGUAGAGGGCACAGGUUCAAAUAGAUUUAGACUAUUCCAAUACGAUCCUGUUAAAGUAGGACAUAUCAGAUAUAUAGAGGUUUCUCCAGGACGAUUUCUCCAGCUGAAAACCAUCGCCGUCAAACCACCAGCAUUUGAAAUUCCGAACUUCCUGUCCCCGGAGGAAUGUGAACGAAUAAAAGAGUUGGCACUGAUUGCCGGUCUAGCCACCAGUACUACCGUCUACAAAGGUCUUAACAAGGUUGGCAUUGACAAAAAUAAGGUCAGUUACAACGCCGCAGUAUGGAAACAGAAGCUGGCCAAGUGCGACAGCAACUCUGACAAGACACUAGACUCCGUUGAAGUACUGCGCUGUCUUCCAGGCUUGGAUAAAGGGGAGGUUGUUCCCCCGAGUAUGCUGCAGAAUAUGUACCUGAAGGUAAAGUUAGACCUGGAUAGUGAUGGGCUCAUCGACGCGAAGGAGCUCUGGCUGAUGAACCUUGAGAACAAGACGGUCGAGAUCAAGGACUGGCUUACCCUCUGGAGGAAAGGGGAGGUAACUAAGGUAGAAGGAAGGGGACGGACUCGUAUUAGCCAGAAUACUUGGCUUGACUGGGCCACCACUACUGACCCUCUCGUAACACAUCUCAUAGACAGGGUUACAGCGCUCACAAAACUUGAUCGUAAUAUCAUUUUAUCGAGUGAUGAAUUUCAGGUAGUUCAUUAUCAUUCCGGAGGAUACUACCACGCACAUUACGAUAGCAAUAAGAUAGAUGAGAAAAUAGAAUGUGCCCACAUCACUCAGGGUGAAAAUCAAAAAAGAAUGUGCAGAUUCAUGACAAUUCUGUAUUAUCUACAAGACACUGAAGGCGGAGGUGAAACAGCGUUCCCUUUGGCCGAGUUUGAGAACAUAUCUAAGGAAUAUUUAACCCAGAAGAACUUGGGCUAUGACUACGGUGACUUAAACACCAACUGUUAUAAGAAUCUCCACGUAAAACCAGAAUACGGAAAAGCGAUCAUGUGGUAUAACCAUCAUAUCGAUGAAGAAACAGGUUGGCUAUCGUCUCGAAAUAAUUACUCUUUACACGGUGGAUGUGCUGUUACAAAGGGAACGAAAUGGAUUGCAAAUAAUUGGAUUACUGUCGAUAAUGCGUAUGAAAGGCAAAUGGAAUUCCAGGCACGUGUAUUGCAACCAAAGAAAGAUGGAUCAGUGAAAUCAGAAAACGACCACGCCUCUAAUCGGGCAAACGAAAAUGUUAUCUCUCCCAAACUACGAAGCACGCCCUCAAGCGACAAGGUCGAGAGCGAUACUCUUUCUGAGGGACACACUGAAUUGUAAUGCAUUCCUUUAAUCAUGUACGUUUUACUUUAUCAUGAAGCAUUAGUGUGACCAAAUUUAGGUUCUGGUUCACUCUCUUUACAGUAGUCUUCAGGGGCCGCGGGACGGUUUUGAAAGUGGGGGGGGGGGGGCUGAGCCAAAAAGUGGCGGGGCUGACCAUGCAAAAAAUCAGUCAGAUGGUAAUUUUUACGUUUUUGUACACGGUUUGGGAAAAAGGAGGAUGCUGAACCCCAUCCAACCCCCCCCCCCCCAUUUCCGCGGCCUCUGGUCUCGUCUUUAUUUAAGAAACCUUUUGUUCUUUUAAAUUUUAAGUUGACGUUGUAUUGUCUUUUUCUGAAUGAAUAUUAUUGCAGUGUGGUGUGGUGACUUUUUUUUCAAUUGUUGAAAUCAUUUACAAGCAGAUCAUUUUAAGACUGAUUUUCUGUAGGCAAUCAAUGCCCAGGUACACGCCGGAUGGCAAUGGGAUUGUAGUUCAUGCUAUAGGAGAAUCUAGUAUUGUAGGAGAAACGCUUUAUGGUCUCAAAAAAUUAAAUUUGUAAUAUUUACAUUGACCGAGAUAGAUGAAUUUUGUUACAUUGGAGUUUUGAUACCUAAGAAAAAUGGGAACCUUGGUAGAAAAUAGGAAGCUGGUGAUUACGACGAAGGUCUGGAUGGAAAUGAUGUUCUGUCUCGUAUUCGUAAGACACUUGUACAUUCAAUAAAUACAGAAUUUAUUACUCCUUCCCAAAUCAUUUAACGCAUUUAAAUCGAUUUGAUUUUAUUCUCUUUUUAAUUCUUAUUCAAGUAUAAUGUCAAUAUAAAUUCACGGUG